GUAACAAUCAACAUAUACCAAACCGAACCGAAAACCGUGACCACGAAACCGUGAACUGAACCGUGGAUUUUGUGAACCGUUCCACCCGUACUCCCUCCUGUAUAAACCCUGUUAUAAUUCAAUUCCAUCAUUCUUCUCGUGCUUAUGGCAGGUGUUAUGCCGAAAGGUGCAGGCCUGACGAGAUAUGCAUCCCCAGUCGCGGGAGCGCGCCUCGCUCUGUACAACUGCAUAUCGACCAGGAAAACGGAUUGUAAUAUGACCAACGGAGCUACUUGUUGUUAUAUUAAUUAUAUAAAGACAUUUAAACAAAGCUCAGGGGGCUUUUAUGGCAGGUGUCGAAUAUCACGUCUGUUUGCUCAUGUCGUCAGGAUGGCCGAGCGGUCUAAGGCGCUACGUUCAGGUCGUAGUCUCCCCUGGAGGCGUGGGUUCGAAUCCCACUUCUGACAACAUUUUUUAUUAUUAAUCGUUCAUUUUUUUUCCAAUAGUACCAUAAAUGUAUCUACAUUUGAACUAGAACCAAUUGUAAUGUAAUGUGUUUAUUUGAGCAGUAAACAGAUUUCGAUCACAAACCACAGCACAUUUUUAUUAGUUCCUAUUGAUAUUUUUCAUUGGCUGUGCGAAACGAUUGAGUUAAAGCGUUAACCAGUCAGCGAGGCGAACAUCAGCCAAACACGGAAGCUGUUCAUUGCUUCUAGUGGACGUCAAAGUUCCCACUUCCUGCAAACAGAUGCAAAAUAAACGUUGUUUUUGUUUACAUCGUGAAAAAAAAUAAGAGUUUCGGAGCCUUUUUUCCUGUUAUAAAUGGGUUGUUCGUGGAUUGGCGUCGCAGUUCCGCUUUGUUUUGCGGUUUUAUCCAUAGCUGUCAGCAUUAACAGACAAACGUUGGCCAUGCCGCCGCCUUUACCCGCUGCGGUCGGCGUCCUCUCUCUGGCCGGGAUGGCGCUCCUUUGGAGGGACAUUAGCUCCAAGGUGAAGGGAGACAAGCGGACGUUUGGCAGUCUGUUAAGCCAAUAUGUGGCGGUGAAGGCUGUGGGUUGGCUCGGCAGGCGACAGCGAAAGAAACUGGAAGCAGAUACGCUGAAGGUGACGGAGGUCCAGGAGGAGACUCUACUGAAGAGACUGCGUAAAAAUGCGGAUACUUUCUAUGGAAGAAAGUACGACUUCCGCUCAAUAAACGACGCUGCUGGCUUCCGAGCGCGUCACCCCCUCACCACGUACAGCCACUAUCGAGAGCUUAUUGAACUCAUUGCAGCUGGAGAAGAAAGGGUCAUUAUUGCUGAGAAGCCCCUUAUUCUGGCCAUGACAUCUGGGACAUCAGGACCCAGCGCUAUGCUUUUGAGCACCAAGGACACAAACACAGAGUUCUUCCUGCAGGGGGUGGCUGUUUGUUUAGAAGCUAUGCGGAAGGCUUUCCCUGAGUCUGACAGCCUUCAGCGCACCACCAAAUUCUUCUACACCCCCACAUUUCGUCAGUCAGAGGCCGGCAUUCCCAUCGGACCAAACUCUUCCACUCCAGCCUCUUCACGACACAUGCUCAACCUCUACACCACUCCUGCUCCUGCCUUUGAGGUUCCCAGUGAGAGGGACACUUUAUAUCUGCAUCUUCUGUUUGCACUGAAAGACCCCAGUGUGGGAACCUUGGAGUCCAACUUUGCUUCUACAGUCUUCUAUGCUUUCACCGCCCUUCAGGAUCGCUGGCAGGAGCUGGUAGAGGACAUUGAGCGUGGGACAAUCAGCAGCGCCUUGUCUCUGGAGCCCAAAGUGAGGACAAGACUCGAAGGUCUAAUGAAACCAGAUGCAGAGAGGGCUGGUCAGCUUCGGGCUCACUUCCAGGAGGGUUUUGAGGGGAUCGCCCUGCGGCUGUGGCCUCACCUUAACCUGGUUCUGGCAGUGGAUUCAGGCUCCAAUCAAAUCUAUGGUGAAAUGUUGAGGGAGCAUUACUGCAAAGGAGUCCCUUUCUAUUCCCCCUUCUAUGCUGCUACAGAAGGUCUGAUAGGAGUAAACCUGUGGCCUCAGGAGGAGAGCAGACGUUACCUGCUUUGUCCACGCUCCAUGUUCUGCGAGUUCCUGCCAGAAAACAGCCUGGAUGAGGAGAAUCCUCAAACAUUACUGAUGGAGGAGGUGAAGGAAGGUGAAAGCUACGAGCUUGUUAUCACCAACGCUUCUGGGCUUUUCAGAUAUCGUAUUGGAGAUAUUGUGAAAGUCACUGGAUUUCAUAACCAUUGUCCCAUUGUGGAGUUUCAGUACAGACGGGGUCAGAUGCUGAACGUUCGAGGUGAGAAAGUCUCUGAGGCGUUGUUCCUCGGGGCGUUGAAGAAAGCCGUUGCUCAGUGGCCCGGAGCUCAGCUGGUGGACUACUCUUGUGCAGAGAGUGGCAUCUUGGGUGAUUCAAUAGGAGGCUCAGACCCUCAUUAUCAAGUGUUUAUUGAGCUUAAAGGGGUGAGAAAUCUAACAGAGGAACAGAGAUAUAAGCUGGACAUCUGUCUCCAGAAGGACUCUGCUGUCUACAAGUCAUUUCGGAUAAAAGGCAGUAUUGGCCCAAUGCGGGUGCAGCUGGUGUCAGAGGGGGCGUUCAAGGAGCUUCGGAAGCAGAUGAUGGCCUACACGAACACAUCAGCCAACACUUUCAAAAUGCAUCGUGUGCUGCGGCGGAAAGAAUACGCACAGUUCCUGUUGGGAAAAACAGUUUCCUAAAGAUAGACAUGAAAAAGAAGCUGUAUAGAUGCACUGGCCAGGGAUUGAUCCCAGGAUUAAUACACUGUGCAUUUGGCAUGGUUUAAAUACAAAAUUACAACUAUGUAUUUAUUAAAAAAAACAACAUUCUUUGGAAAAGUAUUCCAAGGAGUCAAUAUUUGAUCAUUGGAUUUUUUUUACUGCCUUAUUUCUGUCUUCAGGAA